AUCUGGCGGACAGGUUUCCUGGAAUAUCGCGGUAUGCCAGUUAUUGCCCAAUCGUGACGGCACCUUUCCUUUAAACCACGGGGAGAGGUUGCGUCUGAAGGGUCUCUUCCUGCGCCUUUAGGGCAGGGAAUGGAUCCCCUCGGAGACAUCUGGGAAGGAUUGGGGCAGGGAGAGGGGAACAGAAUAUUCAGGGCCAUGGGGUGACUGACGCUUUAGACCACUAAUCGGGGCCUCGUUCGAAGGCUGGCGGGUGGUUUUGAGCCAUCAUCCUAGUCGUCCCCAUUUCGGACCAUCGGUUCCGUGGGGGCCGUUGAAACCAGGGUGGGGUUGGGCUUUUUUAGCAGCUCGUGUCUAACGAAGGGUGGAAGGCGGGACUUAGAGCCUUGAUCGACACUGGUCCCAUCUUGUCCCCCUCUCCCCCCCCCCUUUGCCGUGAGUGGCGGAUGUCACCUCGGAAGCUUGUGCUUUAAGCGCCGUCUGUUUAUUUGCAUUUUUUUUGUGAAUGAUGCGGAUGAAUCCAAGAACCGCACCCGUCUAGCGCUCCAAGAACCCCAUUCCCUCCUGCUUAACCGGGGCUGAAUGAGUAACGGCUGGACGGGUGGACUUUCUACCAGAGAUCAGCCUGUAGAAUUACUAAACACAUCCAGAGCAAAUCAUAUUACAAGUUCCGUUGAUGUGUCUGCAACAGUACCUUUGCAAGUUUCACCUAUGGAUUUUCACUUGGAUCAUCAAUUCUCCAUAUCAGUGACUGAACCUACAUUACGUGAACAGCAGCUCCAACAGGAAUUAUUAGCCCUCAAACAAAAACAACAAAUCCAGAGACAGAUCCUCAUAGCAGAAUUCCAGAGACAACAUGAACAACUUUCUCGUCAACAUGAAGCUCAACUACAUGAACACAUAAAGCAGCAGCAGGAGAUUUUAGCAAUGAAACAUCAACAGGAACUAUUGGAACACCAGAGAAAAUUAGAACAGCAUCGGCAGGAGCAAGAGUUGGAGAAACAACACAGGGAACAGAAGCUCCAGCAGCUUAAAAACAAAGAGAAAGGAAAAGAAAGUGCAGUGGCAAGUACAGAAGUAAAAAUGAAAUUGCAAGAGUUUGUUUUAAAUAAAAAAAAGGCUUUGGCUCAGCGAAAUCUCAACCACUGCAUUUCCAAUGAUCCUCGUUUCUGGUAUGGGAAAACACAACAUAGUUCUCUUGAUCAGAGCUCUCCACCACAGAGUGGAAUGUCAGGCGGUUACAAUCACCCUGUAUUAGGAAUGUAUGAUUCCAAAGAUGAUUUUCCACUCAGAAAAACAGCAUCUGAACCCAAUCUCAAAUUGCGAUCUAGAUUAAAGCAGAAGGUUGCUGAAAGGCGCAGCAGUCCAUUGUUAAGACGAAAAGAUAGUCCUGUAGCUACAGCUCUUAAAAAACGUCCAUUAGAUGUCACAGAAUCUGCAUGCAAUAGUGCUCCUGGAUCUGGCCCUAGUUCUCCAAACAAUAGUUCCAGUAAUAUAAACACUGAAAAUGGAGUUGGAUCAGUUAUAAAUAUACAAACAGAGACCACCUUGGCUCAUAGACUGGUUAAUCAUGAAAGUUCAAUAACACAGCUUCCAUUGUACACUUCUCCCUCAUUGCCUAAUAUAACCUUAGGACUACCGGCAGCAGCCCCAUGCACUGGUGGAUCAGGACAGCAAGAUUCUGAAAGACUUACUAUUCCAUCAUUACAACAACGAAUCUCCAUAUUUCCUGGCACCCAUAUCACUCCUUAUUUGAACAGUACAGCAGUGGAUAGAGAAGGGGGAUCAACACACAGCCCUCUUCUUCAACACAUGGUUUUACUGGAACAGUCAACUGCACAAAAUCCAUUGGUCUCAGGACUAGGGACACUCCCUCUCCAUGCACAAUCUCUUGUGGGUGCUGAUAGACUGUCUCCCUCAAUACACAAACUGCGGCAGCACCGUCCUCUGGGGCGCACCCAGUCUGCUCCCCUUCCCCAGAAUGCACAGGCCCUCCAACAAUUGGUGAUCCAACAACAACAUCAGCAGUUCUUGGAAAAACACAAACAACAAUUUCAACAGCAGCAGUUACAUAUUAACAAGAUCUGGAUUUGUCGAACAAAACUGGAGGCGACGGAGGCACGAGGAGGUGUGGCCACAACAAUUCGACUCAAUGACUGGCCAGACCAACUGGAUCAUCCCACUCCUGACCCACUCCUGACCCACUCCACAGCCCCUGGAGAAACGGCGUUCACGAUGUUGCCAAAAUCAAAUGAAGCUUCCCGUCAGCAUGAAAGCCACCCAGAAGAGACUGAAGAAGAAUUAAGAGAACAUCAGACAUUUGUGGAAGACCAAUACAUUGACAGCACAGCAGAUCAAAAGGAAAUUCAAGAAUUGACACAAAUGGUCCGUGUGAAGCAAGAACCUGCUGAAAAUGAUGAAGAUGGAGAACAACAAGAAUUGGAACCAGGACAAAGUCAAGCAGAGCAGGAAUUGCUCUUCAGACAGCAAACUCUUUUACUGGAACAGCAGCGCAUUCAUCAGCUCAGAAACUACCAGGCAUCCAUGGAAGCUGCUGGCAUUCCAGUAUCCUUUAGUGGACAUCGGCCACUUUCUCGAGCUCAGUCAUCACCUGCUUCUGCAAAUUUUCCAUUAUCUACACAGGAGACACCGUGUAAGCCACAGUUCACCACAGGCCUUGUAUAUGACACCUUGAUGCUGAAACACCAGUGCGUUUGUGGAAACACAAACAGUCAUCCAGAACAUGCAGGGAGAAUCCAAAGCAUUUGGUCACGGCUUCAGGAAACAGGUCUUCGUAGCAAGUGUGAGUGUAUCCGUGGAAGAAAAGCAACUCUAGAAGAAUUACAGACUGUGCAUUCAGAAGCACACACAUUGAUUUAUGGUACUAACCCUCUGAACAGACAGAAAUUGGACACCAGGAAACUGUUAGGCUCUCUAACAUCACUGUUUGUCAGGCUUCCAUGUGGUGGCAUUGGGGUGGACAAUGAUACAAUUUGGAAUGAAGUGCAUUCAUUCAGUGCUGCUCGUCUUGCUGUUGGCUGUGUCAUAGAGCUUGUAUUUAAAGUAGCUGCAGGAGAACUAAAGAAUGGAUUUGCUGUAGUUCGACCUCCUGGUCACCAUGCAGAAGAAAGUACCCCUAUGGGUUUUUGCUAUUUUAACUCUGUAGCCAUUUCCGCCAAACUUCUCCAGCAGAGACUGAAUGUGAACAAAAUCCUUAUAGUGGAUUGGGAUGUACAUCAUGGAAAUGGUACGCAGCAAGCUUUCUACAAUGAUCCCAAUGUCCUUUAUAUUUCACUACAUCGCUAUGAUGAUGGAAACUUCUUUCCAGGCAGUGGAGCCCCUGAUGAGGUUGGCAUAGGAUUGGGUGUUGGUUUUAAUGUAAAUAUAGCAUUUACUGGUGGUCUUAAUCCACCAAUAGGAGAUCCAGAAUACUUGACUGCUUUCAGAACAAUAGUAAUGCCUAUUGCUCAUGAAUUUGCUCCAGAUGUUGUACUGGUGUCAUCAGGUUUUGAUGCAGUAGAAGGUCAUCCUGCACCCCUUGGGGGAUAUAAUCUAUCGGCAAAAUGCUUUGGAUACCUCACCAAACAGCUUAUGGGGCUGGCUGGAGGACGAAUCAUUCUGGCUCUUGAAGGAGGUCAUGAUCUAACAGCCAUUUGUGAUGCAUCUGAAGCAUGUGUUUCUGCUUUGCUAGGAAAUGAGCUUGAUCCUAUUCCUGAAAAAAUAUUACAGCAGACAGCAAAUGUUAAUGCAGUGCAUUCCAUUGAGAAGGUCAUUGAAAUACACAGUAAAUAUUGGCAUUCACUCCAACAUUAUUCUUCAACAGUCAGUUAUUCUUUGAUAGAUGCACAGACGUGUGAUAAUGAAGAAGCAGAAACUGUAACAGCAAUGGCAUCUUUGUCAGUUGGAGUUAAAUCACUUCCUGAAAAAAAGCUAGAUGAGGAACCUAUGGAAGAGGAUCCUCUUCUGUAGCAUACUCCUGGUUUGAAGCACUCCAGUGAAAUUCAUCUUGUCUUUGAAGGCCUGCCAAGAAGCUUUCUCUUGUUAUACCUGCAUCCUGCCCUGAUUUUCUUCCAGAAAGGCAGCCAUGUUGAAAAACAGCUUAAUUUCUCCAUAUUGUAAUUGUAUGGAUUACACUCAUGGAAAACAAAACAAAAGAAUGCAGGUGAAGAACAGCAAUAUGAAUUACAGACACACUUCCUUUUUUCCUCAAUGGAAGCUAUAAGAGGCAAGAUGCCAGGAAGUAUUUAGUUGUCAGCUUUUGCUGUUGUUUCAAAAUCAAAGACUUAACAUGUAUGUGACAAUUUUCAUUUAAAACUGGUGCUUAAUUACAUUCAGACUACUCAAAGUAAAUUCUACUUUUGUUUCGGUAUUUUUGUGAUUCUUGCGUAUUUGUGAAUAAGAGUUCUUCAAAACUCAGACCCUGAGGAGGGUUAUUUUUCUUCUUGUGAAGGGUAAAAAGAAAACUUUUAUAUAUUCAUUCAAAUUAUAUAAAUGCGAAGACGGAGAGUGUAAAAAAAAAAAAAGAUAGCCAGAAAAGGGAUUGGCUUUAACAUUGCCAAAGCCAUAGGAAGAGUUUGUGCCUUUUAAAAUAAUAGACUGAUUUGGGCAGCUGUUUUUUCCUGACAUUUUUGAGGAACUAUGCCUUAAAGAAAAGAACUUUGCAGCAGUUCCUCUGGCAGAGAAAGCCAGGAACUCCAUCCUGUAAGAAAGAUUCUAGGAUUUCUGCUAGCAUGAUUAUUUAAAGCAAGCAACGGCCAGAGCUUCUCCCAAACAGUCUACAACCUUAUUUUGAUUUCCUUGUAGUUUAAUUUUUUUAAAAAAAUUAAGGUAAUUGCCAGUAAUAUGGCAAAUGCUGUUGGGUUUCUUAAGUUCAUUGAUUUUUUAAAAAUCCAACAUCAUCUUCUAUACAUUAUGUAUAACAAAUUAUCAAUUUGGUUGUAAAGGCAUGCACAAAUACAAUUGCAUUUUUUUAAAAAAAUGGAAUGCUUUUUAUUAAAAGCAGAUUGCAUGGGAUAUUGCUUAAUUUUUUAGGUAUAAAUAUUUAUGUAUGCUGUAUAAUGAAUAAUAUAAAUAUAUUCUAAGCUUAGGAAAAUGACUCUUACAAAUUAUUAAUUAAAUAUUUAUAAUGCAUUUAUAUUACCUAUAUGAAUGGUGGCAACCAUCGGAAACUCCUUCCAAAGGAUUUGUGGAUUGAAAGGUUAAGAUGUAGUUAAAAUGCCCAUUUUCAAAGUGCAGUUUGGAACAUUAAAAUGCCCAACAUUUUAGUCACAGAGCAACUACAUAUUGUUCUUUAACUUUUAAGUUCUUCAGUGUUGACCCUCUUUUAACAAACGAAGUAUUUCUGGUAAAUAUUUGUUUGCUAUUGCUUAGUUUUCAAAUAAAGCCAAUUAUUUGCAUUGAUUUUCAUGCUUGGUUUGGUUUGAGAACUGUUUCCAAACAUUAUUUUCUGGACAUACAUAAUUUCUCCUUGGACACUGAAGUUUGCUUAUUUCCAGAUUUUUGUACAGAAAACACUUUUCCUAAUCUUGUGCAUGUUACAAACUGAUACGUAUUAUUUUCAGAAUAUUCUUUUCUCAAAAGGAAGGAUUCCACAGUCAUUUUUAAGAUCAAAAAUUGAUUGUAUAAUUUCUCAGUUCUUCAGUUGUAGUUGUUAUGCUACCUAAAGAAAAUGAUAAACUUUCCUCUCUUGAAAGUUGAUUAGUAUUAUAAAGAGUAAUGUAUAUUCUCGAUGGCAAGGAUUAUUAAAAGCAUUAAUAAUUUAAAUAAAUAAAUUGAAAGAUUGCAAUAUUCUGUUGGUACAGUUAAUACUGAGCAAACACACAUUACUGUGCUUGAAUAAUCCCUUUAAAGAUUACUUCAAAAUAAAUAACAAUAAUAAUUACAUUUGGUUUUUGAGAGUGUGUUAAUAAUCUUCAUCAUAAUCUCUCUUCUUCCAGAUAUUUUUUAAAAUAAGAGAAGUUGACCCUCUUGUGUAACUGCUUAAAUUUUUAGCAGAGAAAUUAGAAGAGAUUAAUUUUUUUCUAAAGAAACUUUUUUGGUUAUAUUAACUGACAGAGUCAAUUUAUAAUUAUGUAGUUUUGAAAAGCUUUUUUCUUUCAUUCCAUUAUGACUGGAGUUGUGAGAAUAUAAACAUAAAUUUCAAUGAGUACAGACGAGGUUUAGGUGUUUAUUUAAUGAAAAAGUUAAUAUGCAAUUUUUAAAACAGACACUACAAUAUUAACGUUCAUGCUAACUCAAAUAUAUUCAAAAUGAUGGAUUCUUUUUGGUAUUAGAACUGCCAGGAGUAUACUCUAAAGUGUAAAGUUGAUGGUAAAGAAAAAAUGUAUAUUUUAUAAAAUGCUUUGCUGCUGUGCUCUAAAAAGAUUUUUGUGUGAAAUUAUUUGGUUUUGUAUUUUGUUAAUUUACUAUGUUUUAUUACAAUUGAUAAAAAGUGUUGAAUUCUGUGAUCACUGCAAUUUCAAAUCUAUUUUAUAUUUGAACAUCAAAAUUGUCAAGAAUUUUUUUUGUCACAAAAAAUAUUAGUAUGUAUCAAUUGUGUUAAUAUGAUUGCUUUUAAUGUUACUUUUAAGAGUAUUCAUUUGUUUCAAAUUGGUAAAUCUUUGGGUGUGAAAAGCUUUUCUGAAGUCAGAAAGAAUUUUGGUAUAUGUAAUUUGCCCCAUAAUUUAUUAAUUUCUAUUUAAAAUAGAUAUGCCAUAAUCUCAUGUAAGCCUGAAGCUGGAUUUCUUCUGCAGUUUCUCUUCUAGGAGAGAAAAGAUGUGCAUGUUGGGAGGAUGGAAAUAAUUUUAUUUAAUAAAAGCAUAGAUAAAGAAGGCUUCUGGGCUCUGUGAAUAAACAAAAAGCUCAGUCUGAGUAAUCUCCAAUUACAGUUUUUUUUUAAAUUCUGUAAGGAAGAGGUACCUAAGUUCCACAAGCAGGAUUCUGUAUGUUUUUUGAUUAACCCAGUUUUGAAGGUAAAGAAUGAUUUCCUACAAUUCUGCUACAACAUGUUAAAACAGAAUUAUCUAAAAAUGAGUUCCACAAUAUAAUAGAAUAGAUCAUAAUUAUUUUACUUUUUACUUUCAGUACAGACAAACAUUCCUUUUUAUUAAUCAUGUACUCAUUUCAGUUUUCUUUUUCUAAAAUUUUGGGUUCACAUUUUAUGGGCAUUGAUAAAUAUAUAAAUAUAUUUUUUUAAGUUUCCUAUACUUAAAAAAAUAUGAUCUAUUAGGUUUGCAUGCCUUUAUAACGUAAACAGAUUUUGCACGCCACACUUGGCAGCUGUGGGAAAAAGCUUUCUGAUGGCAUUAGCAAGUUACAAGUUGGGUAGCUUUGUGUCACACAAAAAUAAGAGGCAUGGAAAAAGGAAGUUUAAUUGACUCAUAUGAUUAAGGACUAUGCUUUUAAUGUAAAAUUUAAAAAUGACAAAGGACUACUUAAAUAUUUGUCAUUUUAAAGAAAAUAAUUGCAUUUGUGACAAACCAAUAAUAAAAUAUAUUGUAUUUAUGUGGAAAUGUUCUAGGAAAACUAUGCCGAACACACAAAUAAACUGCCUGUGUCAGGUUUUUUUAAGGGAGGGAGGAAAAAAGAAUUAUGUUUUUAUUUGUCCUUACAAAUAAGGAAGGUGCAAACCUAUGCUAAUUUCUGUUUAUAUGAAAUCUCAUAUAAAAUUAGAAAUAACUUUAAGAGGUAACUCUUCAGCUCAACUGUACUACUUUUUAAAUUACUAGGAAUUAUAUAUAGAGAUUUUCCCAUUUAAGCAAAUAUACCAUGCAAACACUAUGGAUUCGAACAAAACUUUGCAUCACCACGAAAUGAGGUUUCUUCACAGCUUCAUAUUGUAUUUGAGAUAAUUAAAAAGAAUGGGCCAGGGAAAAUAAUUUAACACUUGUGGUGCUUUAUAUUGCUGGCAACUCAUAUGUCUGGGUUGAAAAACUAUUAACCCAAGAAUUUAUUGCAAAUAUGUAGUAUGAAAAGUUGUAACAUUAUUAUAUUCUGCUUUAUGCCUAAACAUGCUCAAUAUAUCAUCGAUAACAGCUACCAGUUUACUCUGUAAUUUAUACAGUUUCAUUCUUAAUUGUAUGAAUCCUUUAAAUUAUAGUAGCAUAUUCUUUGUAUUUAAAUUUUAUUAUGACUUUUUUCUUAGUAGAUUUGAAAUUUGGGUUAUUUUUCUUAUGUGUCUCUCAUUCCUGUUUUUUGUUAUAUUGUCUUACUUUUUUUAACCAGUGGUGUUUUUCUCUAACCUAUUCCAACAUCAAUCUCAACUUUAAUACAAGUUCAGUAUUUUGUACCACAUUAUGACAUCUUGUUAGUAUUGUGGUGUAAAUAAAAAGAUAAAAUGAAUUUUAAAAAAUA